AUGAAUGUCACGGUGCUUGGUCUAGCCGUCAUGGUCCCAGGAAUAGUUAUGCUGACAAAUAUUGACUUCCUGAGUGGCAACAUUGAACCCUUGCUGGACAAGAUAUCCUUCAAUGGCAUCAAUCUGUCAAACAUCGCUAACAACCUCCCAAUCAUCUUUAUCAUCGUUGGCGCGUCGAUACUCUUCAUAGCUGUACUGGGACUGGUUGGAGCUUGCUGUAAAAUCAAAACCUUGCUUGUUCUGAUGGAGUGCUGUGGUGUGAAUCCGGUAACCGCGACAACAAACGACUUCGACCUCACCCCCUGGCGGAUUGGAGAUGGAGCCUCCUUAAAGAUACCAAAAGGAUGCUGUAUCGGUGUAACCGAGGACACAUACUCCGCCUUCGCAAAAACAGCAUGUACCGACACUGCAACUAGCGGCACAUAUCACUCUGAUGGCUGUUACGACGCGAUCAUGUCAAGUUUUGGAUCUACUCUAGAUAUGAUGGGAUACAUCUGCCUCGGUGCACUACUGCUGCAGGUAUGUUGUACAAUCAUUAAUGUGUCAGCCACCUGUUAA